AUGAUCUACUCGCCCAUUGCCAAGACCCAGCUCGAGUGGCUCGCCUCGCUCAACCCUCUCGAGCACGGCGUCGACAACAAGUUCUUUCGCAAGACCUCGAUCAUCUCGACCAUUGGUCCCAAGACCAACAAUGUCGAGAUGCUCGGUGCUCUCCGCAAGGCGGGCAUGAACAUUGUCCGACUCAACGCCUCGCACGGUUCGCACGAGUACUUCCAGUCGGUCAUUGACAACGCCCGGGCAGUCGUCGCCCAGGCCCCCGGCCGUCCCCUUGCCAUUGCUCUCGACACUAAGGGACCUGAGAUGCGAACUGGCGUCAUGAUCAACGGCGAGGACCAGAAGAUCCAGAUGGGCCACGAGUUCUACGUCACCACCGACGAUGCCUACGCCGAGAAGUGCAGCCUCGAAUACCUCUACAUCGACUACCCGAACCUUGCCAAGAAGGUCGAGGUUGGCCGCACCAUCUACGUCGACGACGGUAUCCUCUCUCUCGAGGUUACCGCCAUCGAGAGCGAGAAGCUCGUCAAGGUCCGCGCCGCCAACAACGGCGUCCUCUCGUCCAAGAAGGGUGUCAACCUUCCCCUGACCGACGUCGACCUGCCCGCCAUCUCGGACAAGGACCGCAAGGACCUCCUCUUUGCCGUCGAGCAGGACCUCGACAUGGUCUUUGCCUCGUUCAUCCGACGCGGCAGCGACGUCCGCACUAUUCGCGAGAUCCUCGGCGAGAAGGGUGCCCACAUCAAGAUCAUCUCCAAGGUCGAGAACCACCAGGGCGUCCAGAACUUUGACGAGAUCCUCAAGGAGUCGGACGGCAUCAUGGUCGCCCGUGGUGACCUCGGUAUCGAGAUCCCCGCGCCCCAGGUCUUUAUGGCGCAGAAGAUGAUGAUCGCCAAGUGCAACAUUGCCGGCAAGCCCGUCAUCUGCGCCACCCAGAUGCUCGAGUCGAUGAUUGUGAACAACCGCCCCACCCGCGCCGAGGUGUCGGACGUUGCCAACGCCGUCCUCGAUGGCGCCGACUGCGUCAUGCUCUCCGGCGAGACGGCCAAGGGUGCCUACCCCGUCGAGGCCGUCAGGAUGAUGGCCGAGACGGCGUACCUCGCCGAGCAGAGCAUCUCGUACACUCCCCUUUUCAACGAGAUGCGCAGCCUCACCCAGGUCCCCACCGACACCAACGAGACGAUCGCCAUGGCCGCCGUCGCCGCCUCGCUCGAGCAGCACGCCGGCGCCAUCCUGCUCAUGUCGACCAGCGGCACUACGGCGCGCCUGGUCAGCAAGUACCGUCCCAGCUGCCCCAUCCUCACCAUCACCCGCGACCCGCACACGGCACGCGACGUCCACCUCUACCGCGGCUGCUACCCCUUCCUCUACCCGCACCCGCGCCCCGACAACAACUCCAAGUGGCAGGAGGAUGUCGACAACCGCAUCAAGUACGGCCUCGCCGAGGCGCUCGCGCUCGGCAUCAUUGAAAAGGGCGACACCGUCAUCGCCCUCCAGGGCUGGCGCGGCGGCCAGGGCCACACCAACUCUCUCCGAGUCCUCAGUGUGCCCGACAGCGCCCGCGACUUUACCCUCGAGGGCACCUCGACCAGGCAGUAG